CUCUCUCUCUCUCUCUACCGUUUUUUUCUCCUCUAGCUUCUUUCCUUAUUGGUAGGAAGAGAUUGAAAUGUGGCUGAGGAUGAAUGACUGAAAUAUUAUCGUGGCAAUGUAUCUAACUAUCAAUUGACUACAGACCCAAAAAACUUUAUCAAUUGUCAGCCUUUAGAACGAGAGAUCAGCCCCUGAAUUGUCAUAGGGCUUUAAGUAUGGAUAAAACUAUGGGAAUUCUAACCCCCCUUUUGUCAUUAAUUAAAAUAUUAGUACUUUUUCCCAUUGUUUUGACAACCUCUUUGCAUGGAAUAAGAAUGGGAGGAUUAGAGCGUUCUGCAUGUCUCUGGCAGUAAACUACAAAGAGCUUGGAAGAGAGAGUAUUUCUGUGAGAUUUUAUUAUGCCAGUUCCGCUUGCUCCAUAUCCGACACCUCCAGCGCCAUAUACACCACCUGCAAAUGGUGCACAGAGCCAUCUCGUGUGUUCUGGAUGUCAAAACCUUCUACUUUAUCCUGUUGGAGCAAUGUCUGUUUGCUGUGCUGUUUGCCACGCAGUCACAGCUGUGCCACCUCCAGGCACAGAAAUGGCCCAGUUGGUUUGUGGCGCCUGUCACACCUUGCUCAUGUUCAUCCGUGGAGCAACAAGCGUGCAAUGCUCUUGCUGUCACACAGUCAAUCUAGCCAUGGAAGCAAACCAGGUGGCGCACGUCAAUUGUUGCAACUGCAGGAUGCUAUUGAUGUACCAAUAUGGAGCCCAAACCGUGAAAUGUGCCGUCUGCAAUUUUGUGACAUCAAUUGGGGCCUCAGCAAGCAUGACUGAACAGAUCAAGUACAACAAUUAAAACUUCUGUACAUGAACUAAGUUGUUGUUACAGAUUCUACAACCUGGUUUUUCAUAUCAUGAAACUGCCCAUCAGUGCAUCUUUCAGCAUUGCGUGAUGUUUUUGAUGAUGAAUAAAUGUUGGGAGUUUGGAAGUAUGAAAACUGCUCUGUCAGAAGACUUUUUGAGUGCUUUUGGAACCGUUCAGAUAAGAAGAACUUCAUUUUCCUUUGACAAGUGUGUAUUUAUUAAUGACAUUAAGCACACGAGAAUAAUACUUUGCAUGAGAUGAUUUCUGCUUUUGAUUUUUCA